AAGGAGGGGGUUUCCCUCAGAGGGGGGCGUGAUUGUUUAUCCCCCCCUCCUUCCCUUCCCUUCCCGUUGAAGGCUGUAUUAUUGCAGAAUUGCAAAGCCCUGGGAAAGGCGGGCAGAAGCAGCGGGAGCUGUCGCCAGGAAAAAAGAUGGAGGAGAAGGACUCGCCAGGACCUAAAGGGAAGGGGAGGUUGGCCGCAGGUGGAAAAGAUCUCCACAUUGUCCAGGUAGAGACCAUUGGGGAGUUUCUGACACUGGGUGUUUCUCCACCUCGGAUUAAGCAAGAACCCGAAGAAAGGUUGCAGGAAUUCUGGGAAGCCGAGAGGCAGGAGUUCUCAAAAACGGCAUCGCCCUAUUCUGAGCUUUCUGAGCCCGUGUCGGAAGAGAAUCAGGGGCGAACUCGGCGCCAUUUCAAAGGAGCAGAUAACACCACCCUGUGGUCCCCUAGAGGAGAGCGUGUGGUUACCACUGGAGUAGAUCUUGAUGUCCAAGACCGCCCUGAGGCCUGCGAGGACCUGGAUUCAUCCGUGGACGUGAAGAAGGAGAUUCCAGAGGAGGACUCUCUCAACCUGGAGAUGCGAUGCCAGCUUUUCAGGCAGUUCUGCUACCAGGAAUCAGAAGGGCCCCGGAAGGCCUUCUGCCACCUCUGGGAACUUUGCCGCCAGUGGCUGAAGCCGGAGAGGCACACCAAGGAGCAGAUCCUGGAGCUGGUGAUUCUGGAACAGUUCUUGACCGUCCUGCCCCUGGACAUGCAGUGCUGGGUCCGGGAACGGAGCCCGGAGAGUGGUAACCAAGCAGUGACCCUGGCAGAGGAUUUCCUAUGGAGGCUGCAGGGGGAGGAGAGCGCGGAACAACAGAAGGCAUUGGAGGAUCUGGAUGGUUUGCCCGCCGACUCCCCCGAAUCGCAGCUGGAUCCCUCAGACAUUGUGAAGAUUGAGCUGCCCCUGGAUGGUGAGGGAAGCAAUGAGCAACCCCAAUAUAUUCUUGGGCAAGGGGCUGGCUUACAUGAGGGAAUGUACAGCAGCGUGAAGAAAAAAGUGGGCCUUGACUCUGUUCCAAAAAUCCAGAAAAUGCCGCUGAAAGAAAAAUCGCACAGGUGCCAGUAUUGCGGGAAAGUCUCCGACUGCAGGGCCCACCUGAUUAUCCACGAAAGGACCCACACGGGAGAGAAACCACACAAAUGCUCAGUGUGUGGCAAAAGCUUCACACGGAAAGAGUCUCUUAUUAUCCACGAGCGGUUCCACACCGGGGAAAAGCCAUACAAAUGUUCCGUGUGUGGGAAAACCUUCAGUGAUAAAAUCGGGCGCCUGAUUCAUGAGAGGACCCACACUGGAGAGAAACCGUAUAAAUGCUCCGAGUGCGGGAAAAGCUUUGGCACCCGGUGUAAUCUGCUGAGGCAUCGGCGGGUUCACACGGGGGAGAAGCCGUACAGAUGUUCAGAUUGUGGACAGAGCUUUAGGUACCGACCUCAACUGGUGAUCCAUGAAGGGAGCCAUAAGGGGGAGAAGCCCUAUAAGUGUGCAGAGUGUGGGGAGAGCUUUAGCCAGACCCGGCAUCUGGUCAUACACAAGUGGACUCACACAGGAGAGCGACCUCAUAAAUGUAGUGUCUGCGGAAAAACUUUCAAUCAGAAAUCGGACCUUAUCACGCACACGCGGACCCACACAGGUGAGAAACCCUACGUCUGUUCCGAGUGCGGGAAGAGUUUCAUUUCCAGCUGCCAGCUUCGGAAGCAUGAAAGAAUCCACACCGGAGAGAAACCAUACCAGUGUCCCGAGUGUGGCAAAUGUUUCACCUACAGCUCUCACCUAACGACACACAAGCGGACGCAUACGGGGGAGAAACCGUACCAGUGCCCGGAUUGUGGCAAAUGUUUCAUCUCGAGUUCUCACUUCACCGCACACAAACGGACUCACACGGGCGAGAAACCGUACCAGUGUUCAUACUGUGGGAACAGCUUCAUCCAGAGAUCCCAACUUGCUAAGCACGAGAGGUCCCACACGGGGGAGAAACCCUAUAUAUGCUCUGAGUGCGGGCAGAGUUUCCGGUGGAGCCAGGGGCUCAAAAAGCACAUGCGGACGCACACGGGAGAAAAACCAUACAAGUGCCCAGAAUGUGAGAAAACCUUUUCCAGCUCUUCAAAUCUUUCUAGGCAUCAGAAAAUCCACACAAGAGAGAAGCUGUAAAGAUGCUUAGGCGAUUUAAAGACUACAGUGAGAAGCCCUUAAACACCUAGACUGCUUUUCCACAACACUAGCACAUGUGUUGAACUAAAACUUCCAUUAACCCUGCUGGUUGGGUUUGAUGGGAGAUGUAGUCCUGCACCCCUGCAGGUUAAAGGCUGAGGAAAGCUGCCUUGGACAGUGAGAGAAAGCAUAAGCCAAAUAUCAGAAUUCCCCACAGAAACAAAAACACCCACCUGUCACAGGAUGGAUUUCAUUCAAAUCAAACUAAUUUAAAUCAUGUUUUUUUAAAAAAAUGGAAUUUUUUUUGGACAGUAUAAAUCUUUUAAAUUUUUUUCUUAAAUCAUGAUUUAAAUAACAAACAUUGAUUUUAUCCACCCUGCCUGUGCGGGGUUUGGGUUGAAAAACAUGUCCAGGGACUUCACAUAUCAUAGAGGAUUUGCCCAAUAAACCAGGAAUAGGCCUCACGAUGUUUUAAAAAUAACAAGUCCCACAAUCCUUUACCAUGGUGGGUGGACCCAUGAGAGUUGUAGGCCACAAUAUCUGGAAAGCCAGCCAUCUCCCCAUUCCUGCUGUAAAUAGAAUAUUCAAUGGAACUGGUUGGAGCCCUAUCUUGUUGUGCUACGUCCCUCCCAUAGGAGUCCUCAGAGCACCUUGCAAGCCCUGAGAUGCUGAACAAUUUGACUCACCCUGGCCCUUGGACAGCAGAAAUUAAAAAACACAGGUUGUGCCUCUGUCUCUGGAGGACAUCACAGCAAAAGAACAACUCAUAAGGCCCCAUGCGUUGGACAGAGAAGGGCAGAGGCUGGCAGCUUGCUUCCCCACUCCCUGCGGUUGUUGUCAUUUUUGUCAUGAUGUGCAGCCAAGUCCCAUCUAAGCUAUGGCAAACUCAUGAAUGAGCGACCUCCAAAAAUGUCCUGUUCUCAGUAUCCCUGCUCAGCUCUUAGACGCUCAAGGUGGUGGCUUCCUUGAUGGAGUCCAUCUGCCUCACGUUAUUUUUUUUUCCUGCUGCUAGAUUUCAAAAUGGCACUCGUCCUGGGGGCUGGAGAGGGGGAAGGGAGGCAUGUCUUCGCUGCUGGCUAGCAAGACAAGGCUUUGGGGUUUUUUUUGUGUGCCUCAAAGCUCGGUUGGCACCUGAAGGAGGCAAAGGCUGUCACCCACAUUCCUUCAUGGCCCCUCUUUCUUCUCUGCCACCUUUGAUGCUCUGGUUCUCUUCCCCCAGAUGCCCACCCUCUCUGCCCCUCUGAGGCCGACAUUGAGCAGACUGUUUGGAAACCACAACUGGGCACCCCAAGCAAUGAAGGCUGGCCUCCCUCUUGAAGGCCAGGUCUAAAAUGCCUGCCUCUGAGGGGUCCUUCCCUUGUGCCUCGCCUUGCAGGCCAGAUGUUGGGUGUGUGUAUGUGUAUGUGAGAGAGAGACAGAGACCCUGCAACAGGAGCUCUCUGGGACUCUCCAGACCAUGAGGCAGAGUGAGUGCUCUGCCUCAGGGGGCAGAGGCUGGGGCCUGUCACACCCUUGGCUGAUGGUUCCCAAUCUUAGGUCAUCAGAGUGUUCUCGGACUGCAACUCCCAGAGACCCCAGCCAUCACAGGUAGUGGUAAAGGAUUCUGGGAACUGUAGUCCAAGAACACCUGGGUGACCCAAGGUUGAGAACUAGCGUCCUAGGGUGUUCUUUUUUUGCUUCCCAUUUUAGCCCUUUCUGUUGGGGGGGGCUGGGAAGCUUUUAUGGGCAUCAGUGUCGUCCCCUCAGAUUGCUUCCUGCCCUGGGGCAUAAUAGAGGGCAUUAACAUUCAUAUAAGAUCAAUCUGCCAGUCUACUUGGCUUCGGUAUUGGACUGGCAGGGUGCCAUCUUGUUCUUUGCCUCAGGCAGCUCUGUGCCUUAGGCAGUGCUAUCUCCAUGGUUACCUCCCCUCCCCUCAAACAGUCUGCUUUGAGGGAAAAAGCCUUUAGUGCCAAGCAUUUGGGGCCCUGGCUAGUUCUGGAAAGCAAUGAUCUCGGCACUCUGGAGGCCUGAGGCUCUUGCCUCACUUUGCCCAAUGGAUGGACUGGCCCUGUCUUCAGGAGUCCUAAGACCCCAGAGAAAUCGUUUGUUCAAAAAGUAGUGUAUAAAAUCUCAAUAUGUUUCAGAAUAAAUUUGUAUAGCCCUUGCAUGCGAUUCCUGCUAGAUUUUAAUAAAUAAAAUAAAAACGUGGUGGUGAUGUUUAGGAACUGGAAGUGUGUAUAUAUAUUUAUUUU